AUGGCGGUCGGCAGCGGCCCCGCCGGGCCCGCGCAGCCCCCGCUCCCCCGCGGGAGGGUCCCGGCUGCCCUGGCCCGGGAGCGGCUGCUGCAAGCGCGGGCGGCGGGGCCGCGGCUCUGCCUGGACCUCGGUGUGGCCGGCGGCAUGACCGAGAAGGAGAGCGGCCGCCUGGCCUCGCAGAUCCGCCGGCUGUACGGGGCGAACCGCCGUGCCGCCCGCCCCUUCUGGUUGUGCCUGACCGAGUUCGCGGCAGGGACGCCGAUCUACGAGCAGUGCCUCCGCAUGAACGACGGCUUCGCACGGUACCUGAUGGAUACAACUCCAGAGAGUUACCUGGACCUAUUUCCUUUGGAUGCCAUUGUUUAUCUCACUCCUGACUCUGAAAAUGUCCUUGAAGACAUCAAUCCGGAUAAGGUGUACGUGCUGGGAGGGCUGGUGGACGAGAGCAUUCACAAGCAGCUGACCCUGCAGAGGGCACGGGAGCAGUGCCUGCAGACAGCCCGACUCCCCAUCCGUGAGUACAUGGUGAAAGCCCCCAACUCCAGGAACUACCACUCGGAGACACUGGCCAUCAACCAGGUCUUCGACAUCCUGUGCACCUACUACGAGACGCAGAGCUGGCCAGCGGCCCUGAAGGCUGGAGUCUCUUCUGGAAAAGGCUUUGUGCUACGGGAGGGAGCAGAACGGGUGGAAACAGCCCAGCACAGCACCGCCCAAGGAAACUCUUUAUUUUGUGAAGAGCUGCACAGGCAGGAGGCACCAGCGUGACUGGGCACAGGGAGCACAGUCGCUUGUCAGAGCAAGGGACCUUUCCAGAGCAACACCUUCUACCUCAACAGUGCCACGCCAGACAAUCUUCAUCCCCCUGGGCAGGGAACAAGAGCUGGUGGAGCCUGGGAUCAGUGAAAACUGACGUGAAUUCAGUUUUGCUUCCUUGCAGCUGUUUGUUUGUGACUCCUGCACCUCCACUUGUUGUGGGAUAGGGAGGAGAGCUCUGAUGUGUUUCCUUCAUUUUAGUUAAACAGUGAGUAAGGUGAAGUUAGGAUUGCAAAGCUUAUGGGAGAGGAAAAUCCCUUCCCAUGGGACAGGACAGUGCUGCUCCCACAGGAGAAUGCAGGAUGGGAGGCAAGGGCACCAUGUCCCAACAACUUAAACCCAGUUGAAGACUUGGUGAGUUGUUGAAGCCUGUAGCUAGUUCUGUGCAUCUAAUCUAAAAUAAAACGUUUAGAUCCCCA